AACAAAUUAGCUAUGUACAACCUAAUCAAAAACAAACGACAAGAACAAUUCGCAAAUAAAUUUUGAAGUCUGAAUAAUAAGUUUUAUGCGUAACCUCUGCUGAUCAGUAAAGAGCCAGCGGGUUAUUGCUCUGAUUUGUAUCUGAUUCAUGUGUUAGUGAGUUGGGUUGAGAGUUGAAUUUGUAUCUGCUUGUCCUGUUACUUGGACUGCCUUUCGAUCCGUACUCGAACGCUACAGGGCAGCAUGGAAAUUGAAUGCUUCUUAUGGAUUGGACACCUGUGGAAGGAGGUAAUGAGCAUCUUCCCCGGAUUGAAUGGACACAAUGUAAAAGCUCUUCCGGGCGAAAUCAUUUUUGAAAUACUAUCUAGGCUUCCGGCAGAUGAAGUUGUCAAAUGUCGCAGAGUCUCUAAAGAAUGGAGGGCACUUGUUCCCACUCCAUAUUUUUCUCAAUACCACCUUACACGAGCUUCCCCAAUUGUUCUUAUACAUAGUAUCCUACCGCAGGAACUAAGUAGUUAUGACGGUAAAUUGGAAUUUUAUUUUCUUGAUCUAGGAGCUAAAAAGAACCAAAUGGUCAAAAAGUAUUUCACUAAGCCUUCUUUCCCCGUGCGUAAGUACUUCUAUCGUAUGUUUUUUAGCUGUAAUGGAUUAAUUGUAUUUGAGACAAAAUAUUGGAGAGCGAAUUACCCAAAUUUCUCUAUUUACAACCCGAUCACACAACAGGAUAUAACUUUGAAAAAGCCAUUUGGGACGGGUUUUUUAUGUGGUAUUUAUUUUCACACUUUGACGAGAGAAUACAGACUGAUAUAUACAUAUAAAACUUGCAAUGCCAAUUGCUGGCACUAUGUAAUAUUAGCUGGCGGGGAGUGGGUAAAGCUUCAGAAUGAUAGUUUUGCGCCGCCUCUCAGAAAUGGUCCUGUAAACAUAAAUGGGUUUGUUUAUUGGAUGAUUUGGAAGAAACUUAUAAACUAUAAAGCUGCCUUUCCUCUUCUAUGCAGUGCAUCUAUUAUCACAUUCGACACCGAAACAGAGGAAAUCCGAGUUAUGGCUCAUCCAGGGAAGAGAUGUCAUAGCUGUUGCGAUGAGCAACGGGAUAUGCAACUCUUUAAUGUGGAGAACAGGUUAGUUUAUGCUCGCGUAUAUUCGGAACUCAUAAAGAUCUGGGUGCUUAAAGAUUCUACGAAAUGGCUUUGGGCUGAAAGGUAUAACAUUAAUCUUGAUUUAACCGUGAAAAAGUUCAUACCUAGACAAGGACUUCGAUGCCGUCUUAGGAAUCUUAUAUACAUCCCAGAUGGGCAGCUGGUAAUCUUUUGGGAAAAUGUAGGGUUGUUUCUAUAUCAUCUAGAGCUGAAAACGUUCAGAAAACUGGAUGUUAAAAUUCGAGGAUAUGAUUUAAUGUCUUCAGUUGGGGCUUAUUACAGUUUGAUGUCUUACACCAAAAGCUUCGAGUUUUGGAGUAAAAAUGUAUGAUAAGUUUUGCUGUCAUUCUCAGUUAUUCUUUUGUUGUUGGUUGUUGAUAGUGAUCAGGGACGGAACCGGGCAUAUAGUCCGAGGGGAAUCCGCCCCUGUAAUUGAGUUCUUUUUAGUGUUUGGCUUGUUAAAUAAAUUGAUGUUAUAUUGGAGAAAUUGAGCUACUGGGUAUUCGUUCAUUGCCAA